UCAUAAUAAUGAGAUGAUACAGCGAUCAAAGUGUCAGUGUCCUCUGAAAACAAUUUGUUGAUUACAAUAACACUUCUACAAAUUCCGUUAGCCGAUAUAAUUUAGUGAGAAAUAUGUCACACGACGAACUGUGUCCACCAGCAGAUGAUGAUGAUUUAACAUUACCCCGCGCCAGCAUCAAUAAAAUGAUAAAAGAACUGGUUCCUACGAUACGAGUCGCCAACGACAGCCGAGAAUUGAUACUGAAUUGUUGCACCGAAUUUAUUCAUUUGAUCAGCUCCGAAGCGAACGAGGUAUGCAACCAACGAAACAAGAAGACAAUCAAUGCAGAACACGUACUAGAAGCUUUGGAUCGAUUGGGUUUCAAGGACUACAAAAAUGAUGCUGAAGCCGUGUUGAACGAUUGCAAAGCGGUUGCAGCUAAGCGCCGUCGACAAAGUACGAGAUUGGAAAACUUAGGCAUACCCGAAGAAGAAUUACUACGCCAGCAACAGGAACUGUUUGCGAAGGCUAGAGAGGAACAAGCGGCAAUGGAACAGGCACAAUGGAUGAUGGCAGCCGUGCAAGAGUCAACUGAAGCGAUGCACAAACAGAUGAAAUCUCAAGUGGAAGAAGACAGCGAUGAUGAUGACUAUUGAAGGCGGUGCAGGAGGAUUAAUAAACUGAUUGUUGACGGCAAAUGAA